CGCGUCCCACCCACUGCGUCCCCUCCCCUCCCCUCCCACCGCGGGAAAAGCAGCCGUGGGCGCCAGGCUAGCGGUGGCGCGCGGCGUGUGAAGGGCAGCGGACAGGAUGCGAGCGCGGCGGCCGGGGCGGCUCUGGGCAGCUCUGCUGGCGCUGGGGACACUGGCGGGCGUUGUCGUUGGAGAGUCCAACAUCUGUACCACACGAGGCGUGAACUCCUGCCAGCAAUGUCUGGCUGUGAGUCCUGUGUGUGCCUGGUGUUCGGAUGAGGCUCUGCCUCAGGGCACACCCCGCUGUAACCUGAAGGAGAACCUGCUGAAGGACAACUGUGCUCCAGAGUCCAUUGAGUUCCCAGUCAGUGAGGCCCAGAUCCUGGAGGAUAGACCACUCAGCAGCAAGGCCUCUGGAGACAGCACCCAGAUCACUCAAGUCAGCCCCCAGAGGAUUGCCCUUCGACUACGGCCAGAUGAUUCGAAGAUUUUUUCACUUCAAGUGAGGCAGGUGGAGGAUUAUCCUGUAGACAUCUACUACUUGAUGGACCUGUCCUUCUCCAUGAAGGAUGAUUUGUCGAGCAUCCAGACCUUGGGUACCAAGUUGGCUUCCCAGAUGCGCAGGAUUACUAGCAACUUUCGGAUUGGCUUUGGGGCCUUUGUGGACAAGCCUGUAUCGCCAUACAUGUACAUCUCCCCACCAGAGGCUCUCAAAAACCCCUGCUACAGUAUGAAGGUUUCAUGUUUGCCGAUGUUUGGCUACAAACACGUGCUGACGCUGACUGACCAGGUGACCCGCUUCAAUGAGGAAGUGAAGAAACAGAGUGUGUCACGUAACCGAGAUGCUCCAGAGGGCGGCUUUGACGCCAUCAUGCAGGCUACAGUCUGUGAUGAGAAAAUUGGCUGGAGGAAUGAUGCUUCCCAUUUGCUGGUGUUUACCACCGAUGCCAAGACCCACAUUGCACUGGACGGAAGGCUGGCAGGCAUUGUCCAGCCCAAUGAUGGGCAGUGUCACAUUGGCAGUGACAACCAUUACUCUGCCUCCACUACCAUGGAUUACCCGUCUCUGGGGCUGAUGACUGAGAAACUGUCCCAGAAAAACAUUAACCUGAUCUUUGCAGUCACUGAGGAUGUCGCCAACCUCUACCAGAAUUAUAGUGAGCUCAUUCCUGGGACCACAGUGGGAAUCCUGUCUGAUGACUCGAGCAAUGUCCUCCAGCUCAUUGUUGAUGCUUACGGGAAAAUCCGCUCUAAAGUGGAGCUGGAAGUGCGUGACCUCCCUGAAGAGCUGUCACUGUCCUUCAACGCCACCUGUCUUAACAACGAGGUCAUCCCGGGCCUCAAGUCUUGUGUGGGACUCAAGAUUGGAGACACGGUGAGCUUUAGCAUCGAGGCCAAGGUCCGCGGCUGCCCCCGGGAGAAGGAGCAGUCUUUCACUAUCAAGCCCGUGGGCUUUAAGGAUAGCCUCACCGUCCAGGUCACCUUUGACUGUGACUGUGCCUGCCAGGCCUCCGCCCAGCCUCUCAGCCCACGCUGCAACAAUGGCAAUGGGACCUUUGAGUGUGGAGUGUGCCGCUGUAACCAGGGCUGGCUGGGAUCCAUGUGUGAGUGCUCCGAGGAGGACUACCGGCCCUCUCAGCAGGAAGAGUGCAGCUCCAAGGAGGGCCAGCCCAUCUGCAGCCAGCGGGGCGAGUGUCUCUGCGGCCAGUGUGUCUGUCACAGUAGUGACUUCGGCAAGAUCACUGGCAAGUUCUGCGAGUGUGAUGACUUCUCCUGUGUCCGCUACAAAGGGGAGAUGUGCUCUGGCCACGGCCAGUGCAACUGUGGGGACUGCGUGUGUGACUCAGACUGGACUGGCUUCUACUGCAACUGCACGACCCGCACCGACACCUGCAUGUCCAGCAACGGGCUGCUGUGCAGCGGCCGGGGCAACUGUGAGUGUGGCAGCUGCGUCUGCGUCCAGCCAGGCUCCUAUGGAGACACCUGUGAGAAGUGUCCCACUUGCCCAGACGCCUGCUCAUUUAAGAAGGAGUGUGUGGAGUGUAAGAAGUUCAACCGGGGAACCCUACAUGAAGAAAACACCUGCAGCCAUUACUGCCGAGACGACAUCGAGCCUGUGACAGAGCUGAUGGAUACCGGCAAAAAUGCAGUGAAUUGUACCUACAAGAAUGAGGACGACUGUGUGGUCAGAUUCCAGUACUAUGAAGACACCAGUGGAAGGGCCAUCCUGUACGUGGUGGAAGAGCCAGAGUGUCCCAAGGGUCCUGACAUCCUGGUGGUCCUGAUGUCAGUGAUGGGAGCCAUUCUGCUCAUCGGUCUUGCUACUCUUCUCAUCUGGAAGCUACUCAUCACCAUCCAUGACCGGAAGGAAUUUGCUAAGUUCGAGGAAGAACGAGCCAGAGCCAAGUGGGACACAGCAAACAACCCACUGUAUAAAGAGGCCACCUCCACCUUCACCAACAUCACCUACCGGGGCACUUAAUGAGAAGACGUCAUCCUUAGAUCAUUGUCAGAUUAGGCCAGGAUUGUGGGAGUCUCUGCCAUCAUGUUUACAGGGGACAGUAUUUGUGGGUGGGAUUAGGGGUUUGGAUUGGGAUGGGCUGGGAAAAUGUCAGUAUGUGGGAGUGUGUCUCUGUGUGUAUGUAUAUGUAUGAGUUGAGUGUGGGGAAAUGUGUAAUUUAAAAUGUGUGAUGUGUCCCUUUAGGCAGAGCUCCACAGCCUUUGUCCUCAGAAUCCCUCCUGAAGGGAUUCUUCCUGCUUAGCUUGAGGGGAACUCAUGAUGCUGAGCAGGUGCUCUUCAUGACCUCUGAGAAGCUAGCUUGCCUUGUCAGGCCGUUCUCCCAGAGGAGAAGGGGGCAGCUGGGGAGCUUCCUUCCAGAGGAAGCGAUGCCAAGUCUCGGCUCUCCACUGAGUUUGUAAGGUUCUGGUUCUUGGGCCUGUCCAUGGCCACGGUAGAAACUGCUUGGCUUUGGAGACCAGCUGUAUCAUUUGUGCCUCUGCCCACCUCUCCUCCCUCAGGCUGGAGGUGGAGUCGGGAGAAUCGAGUCCUCAAGAGCUGCCUGCGUCUUUCGCCAUCACCUCGCUUUGGUUUUUUCAUAAGGAAAGUCCUGGACACCUGGCUCUUUGGCCUAUUGAGCAUGAAGAUGUCAGGGCCACUCAGGGGUCAUGCAUGGCCUGGGGGAUGUGCCAGCACCUCUAAGUUCAUAAUCGCAGUCAUUCUUCCCUUGAGAUUUGUGUAGAAGUGUUACUGUUACGUCGUCGUUGACACCAUCUCUUACCUCCUACUUCCGCAUUCUCAUUGUUACAGACUUUGCUCUGCACUGAGGAGAUGACCAAAUGCUUUCCCCUCAGGGGAGAGUGCUAUGAUCAGAACUAGAGGUCUAGCCCCACUCUCCAGGUCUUCUGCUCCUCUUCCCAGGCACCUCCACACACCUCAUCCCUUGCCUCUGUGCGCUACACCCAUCCGUGGGGGUGAUUGUCUUUAGCUACCUCUUGGGUGUCUUGUGAAGGGGUCAUUCCCAUUAGUCUGCUGAGCAAAGUGCUGGGAAGAACGAUCGGCCAGUCGGAUCUGUGUGUGUGGCCUGUUCUCCUCUGGGUUGGACAAGCCUUUAAUCUGGGAGGCCGCAAGUGCAAUUUUAUUUUAUUCUCUCUGGGGACACCAAAAACGAUGAUGAGGUUCACUCACUGUAAAGGAGCAUGUAUAGGAACAUACUUGCAUUAUUAUAUUUGUAACUUUAUAUGAUGACAAGGGAGAGCAUAAAAACCCACAGACUCUGUGGGAUACUGGCACUCCCUUGUGGCAUCAUUCUUAGUAAUUUGCCACUCCAUUUCUGCGUCCCUACGGGGCUCCCUCUUCCUGGAAGCAUGUGAGGAUGGGUAUGUGGACAUAUUGAACCUUUCAUAAGGAGGGCGUUAAAACGCCCACCACCUAAAGAAAAGAGACCUCUAACAGUGUUCUUAAUGAUCAGAAAGUCUGAGUCUUGGCCUCAGGGUUGCAGCUAAAAUUUUUUUUUAUGUUAAAAGAAAGCCACUUUCUUUUCUCUGGAGUUCAGUUUUCUAGUCUGAAAAGUAAUGAAUUUGGACCAGGUACUUGGAAGGUUAUUUCAAGUGUCAAUAUUCUUUUAACUUUUUUGAAAGACAGGGUCUUAUGUAACCCAGGAUGGCCUUAAACUUGCUGUGUGACAAAGGAUGACUUGAACUUCCGACCCUAUUUGCUGCCACCUCUCAGGUGCUAGAAUUGCAGGCAUGUGCUAUCAUGCCUGAUUUAUGAGGUGCUGGGAAUAGAACCUGGGACUUCACACAUGCUAGGCAAGAACACUACCAAUUGAGUUAUAGUUCCAGCUUUAGUAUCAACAUCCAAAGAUGCUGAGAUUGCACAUGGUAUCAAGCAUGCAGCCAAGAUACUGUGUGUGUAUAAGGGGACUGGGAUGUUGCUCAGUGGUAGAAUGCUUAUGGAAUGCCCAGGGUUUGAUUCUCAGUACUAAAAACAUUUAUUGUGUGUAUGUGUGUGUGCAUGUGUGUGUUGCUGUUGCUAGUGUUUGUCUUUCAGUUUUGAGAAAUCUGAAUUUCCUUGGUUUUUACGAGUGGAUGUCAUUCUCAUAACAUCUCAGUGAGUCUCAUUCUUUCUCAGAACCGUUUGUUAAUGGGUGCAUCUAAUGUAGCACUUGGUUAUCAUCCCAUUAGUUAUUUCUUGUUCACUCUGCAUACAUUUGCAUCUUCGUAUCGGGGAAGACCAUCAGUAAGGAGUGGCUGGCCCAGGUGUUAGUGGCUGGAACAGGAAUAAACCAAUGACUGUCCUGUCCUGUCCUUGAGUGACUCUAGGGUUAGGAAAUAGGAAUAUGGCAGAGGGAUAAAUGAGGGACUGUGAAGGAUGAUCAUGGAUCUAAGAAGUUUAGAUAUUCACUGUAACCUUUAGCUACUGAGGCAGAGCCCAUGAGAAUAGAGUGGGAUUUUCUUUAGAGAAGAUGAUUUAGAUGAGAAAACUAUCAGAGGAAGAAGAAAAUGUAUUAAAAGGAUGAAAAGGUGAGUGGGGAUCUUGUCUGUUUCUGGAAUGAGGCUUAUGGUUCUUGAGGACCAGCAAUGUUCAGCAGUACAUGGGGAUACCUGGAGCUGUUUUCACCAGAGGCCGAGGAACAGUCCGUUUGGUAUCAUGAGAGUGACUAUCUAAAAUUGUUCUGGCAUUGAGCAAUCCGGCACAGAGAGAUUGUGCCCUGUUCUUUUACAGGUAAUUUCUGUCCGGUCUCCGUGUCUGAGGAUGGUAAUAGGAAAUGGACCAUGCCUGUGUGAUACAUUGUUGCAUUUGGAGUCAAUGGAACAUGCCUGUGUGACACAUUGUUGCUUUUGGAGUCCGUGUUUCUCUCCCAGAUAUUCUGAAGUUGCCCACAACACCAAGAUACUUCUCUUUGUCAGUUUCUGGUUGGAAUUACUUAAGCACCUUCCUGACUUCCUCAACACCUCCUCCUCCGAGUUGUGUAAUGGAAUUAAAUGUGCUUUCCAAAAGAAUUGGCCUAAGGCUA